GCCAAUCCGGUGAGUGACGAGGAAGACCCUGUCAGUUUAGACGCGUCGUGAUUAAACGGUUAAUUAGCGCCUUUAGUUCGCUUUAAGCUCGCUGUAGUUAUCGUCACAGUUUUCUUUAUUCUUCUCGUCAGUUUCUAGCUCUUCAUGAUGAAACCGGCUCGAGGGUCCGGAAGGGCCUCCACUCGGGGCCCCAGAGGAGCCGCUGAUAGGAACACACACGGGGCCCAUAAAACGUCUAAACCCAGAGAAGGCCUGCAUCCGGAGCAAGCUGAGAAACACAGCGUGAAUCCUGGAAAUGGUAAGAAUAAAAGAAACUGGAAGCCGCUGACCAAAUCGUCCCUGCUGUUUCUGGAGAGCGCGCUCGGUUUGUCCGUUCUGUCUGUACUGGCAUUGAAGAGCAAAGAAAAAGAAGAGUCACAGAAGCAUCUCAACCUCCUCAAAGACCAGUUCCUGGCUGAUUGUGCACGGCUUUCUGUCCCCCCGAGGAAACAUGGAGAUAUUAUGCACGUGUCCCAUCAGUUCAAAGCAGAGAGUAAGAAGUCUGAGCAAGGCAGGAAGACGCUUGAGGCUUUGGAGGAGAACGUGCGCUCGGUGGUCAGCACCCUGGAGGAGAUGGAGGUGCAGGUGGACGGCUUGGAGGAGAAAUGCAGGAUAAUGAGACGCAAGCUAGAGGAUGAAGAGGAAGAGGCUCAGAAGUUUCUCCAGCGCUCAGAAGAGACGGUUCUGUGUCUUCCUGCUUUACCUUCUCGCUCGGCCGGCGAGCCCACGCUGCAGGAGCACCUCAUGAAGCUGGUUCCUGAUCCUCCGGCGCUGGUCCGAGCUCUUCAGGCGUCUCCUGUCCUCGAGGACGUGAGGGUCUUUCUGGAGCUCGCUCAUAAACAGGUGGACGCAGAGACACAGCCCUGGACCGACCGUCUCAGACAAAGACGCUAAAGUCGACACGCAGACGGCGGCUGAUAAACAAAACGGUUGCUUGUUUAUUUGAAAAUGAAAGGUUUGCGUUGAGAACCGGAAAAAAACAUUAUCAAGCGUUAAUGCUGCCGUAUCUAGCGCUGAAUUCAGUUUUCAUGGGAAACUCUGGUAAACUGAUCAACAACUUCAUCUUAAUCUUAAGAUGUGUCAUGUUUGGCUUGGUUUCUGGAUUUUUUCGUUUAAAUGUUUUGCUGUGAAGCUGUCUAUAAGGGGCACAUUUCUACAGCAUUGUAUAAGAUAAUAAUUAAUGCUUAAUUAAGCCUGAAAUGACCAGCCUUUAGUCACAGCAAGAAAGCCUUCGGGUCGCUCUUAAAACGCGUGCGCUGCGAUGCAACGCAAUUAAAUCAAAGAUUAAACCGAUAAUAUCAGUUACA